AUGUCAGAUACGCAUCCUCUGCCGCGUAUCAGCAGUUGGGGGCUCCACGCAAACUCAACUUACCUCUUGGUCUUUGUUGAUCUCGACGUUCUGUAUGGUGAAAACCUAACUGUUAUUCUCCAUUGGUACCAGCCGGACAUGGCAAUGCACCACCCGGAUCAUCCCUGGGUAGAACCAAGUGGGCGUGGAAAGGGCCAACACGGGGAGCACAUAGCGGAGUAUAUUGCCCCUCAGCCCCCAGCAGGCUCGCAUCAUCGAUAUGUCUAUCUUGUGUUUGAGCAGCAUGAAGAAUACACUUUCCCCGGGUGUUUCAGGCACAUUUUCCCAAAAACAAUGGACGCAAGGGCUGGGUUCAAUCUCCGGCAGUUCGUAGAGGUUACUGGCCUCAAGCACCCGGUGGCUGGGAAUUACUUCUUUGUCAAAAAUGACGACGCUGCAACGGGGACGUUGACAAGCACCGUGUCCACCACGAGCCCAACAACAACGUGGGUGAGAUCGGCACCCUGCACUCAGCCGGUGAUUGCAACGGCUACAACUCUAUUAGGAGUUCAGCAGCAGCAUGUGAGAGGGACGCGAGGUCGGCAGACUAUCAUGUAG